CUGACCCCGAGUCCCGACCUCAGCCAACCCCGAUCCCCUCCCUCCCCCUUGCAUUCGCUCGCUCCCAGCGUUAGGUCAGCGCCGGCGCCGCCCCUCCCUCAUCUCUCCGGUGGCUGCCGGCUGCCGCCUGCCGCCCCCUCCUUUUCCAUCCCUUCGCUGGCCACCAGCCUCCCCACCCAUACCGAACGCCGCAGCGAAGCGCGGUACGUCUCUGCUCGCCGCUCUUCCGAACCCUAGCCAUAUUUCCCCACUCGCGCCGCUCUCUCCUCCCGACCCCGAACCCUAGCCGCCCGCUCUCUCCUCUCGUCUGUCGAAGGCCACCGGCGGCGGCGGUGACCCAAGGCGGCCGGCGACGACGCAAGGCGACCUCACGACGCGGGAGGAAGGGACGGAUCUGCUUAUUUCUUGGCUAUCUACGGCAUCCUCCACUGUCUCUUCAGUUCGACUUCUUGCAAGUGCCUUUUCUUUCUGCCAUCAUUGUAAAGGGUUAUCGUUGGGGAAUGGAGGAUGAGUAUGAAGACGAAUACUAUGAUGAAGAUGAGUAUGAGGAAGGUUCAGGAGCGGUCGAGGAGGAGGAAGGGCCACCAGAGGGUCAGCAGGAGUUCCUUCAGGUUAGGGAACGAUUAAAGGAGCAGAUUAGGCGACGGGCACAGGGAGCUGGUGCCAGCACAGCUGGCCGCUCAUCUUUCUCGCAUGAUAGAAGACCUCCAGCCAAUUUUGGCUCCUUCUUUGGGCCAUCCAAGCCAGUGAUAUCAAAGCGAGUGAUUGAAGAAAGGAAGUCAAUGAAAGAGCUACAGAACACAGUGCCCAGAGAGCGAAGACCUCCCGGAAAGGACAUCCCAUCAUCAUCUUCAAAAGUGCAAGCUAAAACAAAUGGAUUUCACCAGAAACAGAAUUUUAUUAAUGAGGCAAAAAAGAAGGCCGAGGCACUUAAGGAUAAUCGGGACUAUUCGUUUCUACUCUCAGAUGAUGCUGACAUUCCAUCUCCAAAGGCAACACCUGCCGCUAGGUCUGCCUUGACUCAAAAGUCUGAUCGCCAGUUGAUGCAUUCAGCUGUGAAGGGCAGAGCACCAACAAGUCAUCCUGCCAGAUUACCAAACAGAAACGGGUUGAACAGCACAUCCUCCGCUCUAAGACAUGCUGAAAGCAAGAGAAAGGAAGCUUUUCCAAAUAGAGAAAGGGCUUCAUCACUUGACAAUGGAAGGAUGCAUGGUGCUGUUAGAAAUGGGUCCAGCUUGUCGACAAGCAAAGCUGCAGGUCAGAAGUUUCUGAGCAAGGGUCCUACUACAAGUAAGCCUGCUUUGAAGGAUGUAAACGAACAAUCUCUGAGGAAGAAUCACUUAGCUUCAAAACACCUUUUAUCACCAAAUGAGCGACCACAACCGUCACAAAGUCAGAGGCUCCAGUUAGGCUCUUAUGGCCAGAGACCACAGCAGUCGUCACAGAGCCAGAGACCACAGCAGUCAUCACAAAGCCAGAGGCCACAACAGUCAUCCCAUAGCCAGAGGCCACUGCAGUCAUCGCGGCCUGACAGACCACAACAGUUGCCACAGAGUCAGAGGCCGCAGCAAUCGUUGCAGAGACAGAGACCACAACAAUCUUCACAAUUGCAAUCCUCACAGAGCCAAAGACCACAGUCACAAAGCUACAGACCAGAGCUUCUGCAACGGCAAAGGCCUCUUUCCUCUCAAGGUCAUUAUCCUGAGCAAAGAAGAGUUCAAGCAAAUGAUAGAGUAAAGCAAGUAGAAAGGCAGGCGAGGCCUUCGUCAAAACCCAUGCCAUCUCGACAAGCAUCUGCCAAUGGAAUACGUGAUGAUCGCGCAAAGAAAAAACAAUUGGCGAAAAGAAGAUUUGAUGAUGAUUUUGAAGAUGAGGAAGACCCAAUGGCAAUGAUCAGGAGCAUGUUCAGGUAUGAUCCUAGGAAAUAUGCAGGCAGAGAUGACGAUGACAGUGACAUGGAAGCAGAUUUUGCCACUAUAGAAAUGGAAGAAAAAAGAAGCGCCAAGAUCGCAAGGCAGGAAGACGAAGAGCAGCUUCGCCUGAUCGAGGAAGAAGAGAGACGCGAGCAGGAGAGGAAGAGGAGAAGGGUGGGAAAUGGCCGAUAGCAGCUGGUUAGUUAGCUCCAGCAAUGUGUUCAUUUCUCCGGAUGUUGGUACUGCGAAAACCUGAACGGACGACACCGCCGAAUGACUGUCGUGCAAUGCAGACAACAUCGAGGCUUGCCAAAGCUUGUGCCCUCAAUUGAGCGCCGUGGGAUUUUUCAAGAACAUAUCAAGGGAAAGAAAUGGCAUGGCAGCAGGUAAUUCUUGCAGAUGUGGCAUGGCUUUUGUAGUUCUGGGCUUCUCUCGGGCUUGUGUUGAUAGUCUCCAAGGUGUUCUUUUUUCCUGUGUACAACUCGUCAUAUUGCUGGGCUGUACUAGUACAUGAUAUCUCGUCGUGUAAACUGAUUUGUUCUCGUGACGUGGUCAUAAACAUGCCAUAGCCAAUUGGCAUCUUUGUUGAAUUAUUUGGAUGUAAAUGUACUAUCCUAAUAAACAGUGCAUUUUUUUGAAAUAA